AUGACUAGUAGCGCCGGUGCCGCCCCGCCAUUCAGCAGCGCUGGAUACAGCGGCGGCAUUUCCCCCUCGCCUAGCGGGGGUGGCUCGCCUCUGGCUGGCGGAGACCUUUCCCGCGCGCCUGCCAGCGGAGACUAUUCCCCCGCGGCGGCCCGCCAAUCUUCCUGGAACGCUGCCGCGCCCUGCGCCGCGCACCCUGUUACGCCAACAGCUGCUGCUACCGCCGUGCCAUUCGGCGCUGCAAGCGGCUCACCUGCCCCUCCUCCCCCUCCUCCUUCCGCUUCUCCUGCUCACCCUUCUGCCGCUGCUCCUGCUUUCGGCGGCGGCGGUGCUGCUGCUGCUCCUGCUGUACCGGCUUGGACCCCGGAGAAGUUUCACGUGGUGCACAAGGUGUUCGGCGCGAGCAAUGUAUCCAAAAUGCUACAGGACAUCCCGGUGGCACAGAGGGAGGAUGCAGUGGCAAGCUUGGAGUACGAGGCACAGGCGAGGCUCAGAGACCCGGUGUACGGCUGCGUGGGAGUCAUCUGCCUGCUGCAGAAAUGGGCACCUCCCCCCUCCCCCCUCUUUGUCUUUCGAGACCCGGGGACCUCUAGGUUUCUUCCCUCAUUGCUCAUCCCCAUUGUUUCCCCUCUUGCCCCCCUUCCCCAUUGUGUCAAACAGAAAGAGAUGGUGGCCCUGCAGGAGCAGCUGAAGGACAUCGAGGCUUCUUCCCUCUCGUCCUCUCCCAAUGCAACGCACAGCUCGACGAUUUCUGGUGACGGGGCCAUGUAUGGGAUUGAAUCAUCUGCUGCAGCAGUGCCCAGUGUGGGAGCAGCAAGAGAAGAGGGAGGCGAGUGUUGA